AUGUAUUGGCCAUGUGGUGUGCCUCAAGUCUUCGCACACCAUGGCCCGAUUUCGGUUGCAGCAGAAGACUCCGGGCCAGUCAAAGCGAGUCAUGACAGCGAGAAACCAGAAACUGAUGGCGUCGAUAAAGCCUCUGGUAUUGAGGAUCUCCAAUCAGCACGUAAUGAUCAUCUAUUCACAACGAUUACGCCUACCCGACUUGAUCUGUGGUCAACGCGGCCUGUCGUCCUGCUCGCCUCGUUAUCCAGGUCCCAAAAGUCCCUGCAAACUUACGGAUACAACGUAUCUGUUCUUUUCAAGCCAGACGCGACUAGGAUCGUCAUUAGGACGACAGAGAGCUAUUUAAUCACUUAUGCUGUGGGGGGCGACCAGACUGCUCGCGUGCUACAACAGCAGUACGGCUAUAGCCUGACAAAACGCCAGAACCUCAUGCGGAUUUUCGGCACAGACGACACUGCUGGUGUUCCUGAAGUUCUCCUUCGGUUCAAGCGGGCUAUCAAGAUAGACGCAGGCAUCAACUCUGUCAUCGCGUUGGAUUCGGAGCUAAUCGUGGCUACGGUCAAACCCGCUGCUGUGCAAUGCAUUCGCUGGGAGGCGCAAAAGGAUGGCUCCAAUGCCGUUGCGCAAUUGCUAUCCAAGAUGGAAUGGCUCGAUACGAAGUCCGCAUUAUCGAGCAUGGUCCAUGACCGGGCAAUGAACCUCUCGGUGUGGUUAUCUCAAGAUGGCCAUGCAUGUGCAGUCCAGAGAGUCAAGCCCCAAGUAUCACGAGCACCAUCCUCAGGCGAUUCUACUCCCUCCUCACAGUCAUCCACGACACCAUCGACACGACUGUUUGACGGAUAUUGCUUUCACAAGCCUGAAGAGUCAUCUGCAGCAAGAUAUGCCAGCAUCAACGCCCGCUUCUCCCUCAUCGCAGUGGCAACUGCUGCUGGCGAAGUCAUCUGCUAUGCUGCCAAAGACUAUGUGGGCAACAUUCCCCCAUCGCACACGUUCAAGCCCUCAACAUCCCCAUCGUCUCGUGGGGCUAUAACAUGCUUAACAUGGUCGCCUGAUGGACACUGUUUAUUUGCAGGCUACGAAAAUGGUUGGUCGACAUGGUCCGUCUUUGGUAAAGAGGGAGCCUCGACUUUUCACUCGAAUUUGUCUCACGCCGAGUCGAACGAUGAGGGUUCACUCCUUUCGAUUCAGAGAGCAAAUUGGAUCAGUAGCGGAGCUGAGAUCCUUCUCACAUCGCCGAACGACGAUCGGAUUUGGAAACUUGAAAUGUCUCGCAGUGCGGCUAUGGGUUGCUUCUCGUGCGCCAAUCUUGUCCGCGCACUUCUCCAAACGCCAAAGGAAUUGACAGUCUAUCGAGGUCAUGAACUUCCAGACCUGACGUCUAUCUCAAAUGAAGCGUCCCUGUGGCAUCAUGCUCCAUACCCUCCAGUAUAUCUACACAAUCAGUGGCCCAUCAAAUCGUGUGUCAUCUCGCAAGAUGGCAAAUAUGUCGCUAUUGCUGGCCGUCGGGGCCUUGCUCAUUAUAGCUUGCAGAGCGGGAGAUGGAGGACGUUCUCGGACCUUACAGUCGAAAGCUCAUUCGCAGUCCGCGGGGGCAUGUGCUGGUUCAACCAUAUCCUUGCCGUGGCCACCGAACACUCAGCCGGUUACGAUUUGCGUUUGUAUUCCCGCGAACGUGACCUAGGAAGGAUACCACUCCACACCGAAGCAUUCUCAAUGCCAAUUGUGUUUGUCGGUCCUUCAGGCGAAGACUCGUUGCUUGUGUACACCUACGAAAACAUCCUCUAUCAUUACGUUCUCAACAUUACCGCCCGGGGUGCUCAAGUGGUUCAGGUCGGGCAGAUAGCCUUCCACGGCAUCGUCAGAGCACCAAGCCGAGUACGCUCUGUCAGCUGGGUCCUACCCGAAACCCAGUUGCGCAACGGCGACCCUUCACGCGACGUCGAGUUUGCCUCUGUCCUGUUCCUCGUCGAUGAUAAACUGGUUCUACUGCAGUCGUCACGAAAUGAAAAGGACGAAAUGAAAUACGACAUGCGUGUCGUUGCUCAGCAUGUAGAGUACUACAUUCUCAUGCGCGAUCAGAUCUAUUUCAACUUCACCGGCGCGGACGAAUCUGCGCCUCCGACACCCUCGCCAGACCCAUCAUUGUUCCCCAUGCAGAGUCAACAUCAUUACUCCCUACGAGACUCUCUUUGGAUAUUCAGUGGAGAGGAACUCAGGCUGUGGCCCAGCGUACGUGACCUCCUACAUCAUGCAGCGGAAGGUGACGUCGGCACGUCGGCCCUUUUGUCCAUGUCUGUGGACUUCUAUCCCCUGUCGAUUCUGUUGAACAAGGGGGUUGUACUGGGCAUUGAGUCUGAACUGCUGCAGCGGCGGGAUGUAAACUUUGCGCAAUUCAGGUCCGGAAUACGCACGCAGCUUUUCCUACCGUACAUCCUUCGCCAUUAUUUGUGCGAAGAACACGAUACCGUCUCUGCGUUCGGCCUGGCGAAUCAGUACCAGCACUUGUCAUAUUUUCCGCACGCCCUGGAAAUAUUGUUGUACCACGUGCUUGAUGAUGAGGUCGAUAGGCUGAGGACGGCAAAAUCGGACGGCGACGGCGACGACGACUCGCCAGGGCCUCUUCCCGCGGUUUUGUCGUUCUUGCAACUAGUUCUACCUCCCACUACCUAUCUCUCCACCGUUGUUCAAUGUAUUCGCAAGACAGAGCUGAGUUCGUGGACGACGUUGUUCGCACACCUUCCGCCCCCGCUUGCCCUCUUUGAGCAAGCGCUCGAGCUUGAAGAUUUGAAGACUGCGAGUGGAUUCCUGAUCGUCCUGCAGGGUUUGGAAGAGGACGACGAGGCCGACGGUUACGAUGCUCAGAAGUUUGAGGACAAUGUCAUUCGACUUAUGACGCUGGCGAGGCAAAAGUCGGACUUUGAAUUGUGCUCUGACCUAGCCAGGUUCAUGAUUGGCGUCGAUCCCCGUGGCGAUGCUCUGCGGAGAGUCAUUGCUGAGGUGGGAUUCCCCAGUAGACAAAGCCAUCUGAGCCCGCGCUUGACAAUGCCGCAAGACACAAAGUCAAGCAGCAGCAGCCCACCAGGCAACGGGUCGACGAGGUAUCCAGCAAGUGGGGGAGACUACUUUUCGCCGGCACCUGGAGGCUCUUAG